CUCUUACCCUCUUGGACGUACGGUCGCCCGCAAUGGGGACGAAGGCCUUAAUAUUAUUCGUGUGCUGGAUGGUGGUAGAUGCACAACCUGUGUCUUCAGAGAAAAACGUGAAAAAUGUAGGAAUUAUAGACAAUAUUAGUGCUGAAAGUGUUUCGAGGUUAUACCACAAUGUUCCAGCCGGCGUUUACGCAAGUGCCACUCCAUAUGGAGCAUAUUCUUUCAACGUGCCGUCCUUCGUCGCCCCAAAAAGUGCUUCAGGAAAAGAGGAAAGUGUCAUCGUCCCAAUAACAAAUAGUUAUUUGAAGGAUUCGUACGGCAAUCGAUUUGUUGAGACACCACAAGCAUUAUCCUACAGAUCCUCUAUUCCACAACAAUUUGUGCAACUGCAAAGUUUACCUGCACAUUUGAGCCAACCUCUGGUUUCACCUUCUGUGCAAUUUAAACAGUCUACGCCUCAUUUCUUCUCACCAGGGCAGUACAAUGUUCAAAGCAUACAAGGUGGACCCUCUGCCAAUAUCGGUCGAUAUACCGUGCAACAACCUAUUGGAUAUAGUAAUGUACAAAGUUUUGCUCCCAAUUCAGCUCCGUACAGUCAGUUUCAACCACAAGGGGCUCAACAGCAAUCGGGUAAUAAUAGAAAUGUCUAUGCGGGUGCUCUCACUGCUGAUAAUAAUUAUAAGAUAAACACUGAACCAAAAUUUCAACGGCUACAAGACGUUCCCCACAUCGCUUUUUUUUCAAAUGAAAGACCAAUUGCUAAUCAACAAACAGCUCAAAGUGGACAAUUGCAACAAUUGCAACAGCUACCGAAACAGACAACAGUAACAACAGUUGUUAAUGGCAAAAAAAUUGCUUUGAAUUUGGUAACUAAGCCCCCUCUGCCUUUGUUGGACCUCAGCCUUCUUGAGCCGUUGACAUUUGCAAAUCCAUUGGUGCCGCAAGUUCAACACUUUUUACCUAGAAUAAAUCAGGCAACCUACCAUAAGUUGCCUAAUGUCAAUGUUGUACAAAAUAAAAAUAAUCAAAACGAAUUCAUCGUUCAGAACACAAAAACGUACAGUAGUGACGAAAAACCGAAAAAUGAUGCCCCAAAAAACAAACAAAAGAAAAUUAUACAGAAACAUCAAACUGAUGAAGAAAAAGAAACACCUGCAAAUCCAACGAUAUCAGUAAAUGGUGUUCCCAAUGAAAGCCCAGAGUUUUCUUAUGAAAUUAAUUCACCAAAUUACAAAGAAACUUAUACAGAAAAGAAAGUUAGCUAUAAUAAAGAAACUGAAUCAGAACCUAAGACCUAUAAUUACGAAAUGAAGACGGAAAAUAAACCAGUGCAUUACAGUUAUGAAAAAAAUUCUCAGAAAAAACCAGUUCAUGUAAGUUAUGAGCAUACCGAGGAAAAAACGCCAGUUCAAUAUAAUUACGAAGAACACUCGCAAAAAGAACCUGUGCAUUAUAAUUAUGUGAAAACUUCCAAGGAGCCGGUGAGUCACGUCCAUUAUGAAAAUAAAAAUCAAAAUCCAAAACAUCUUGUGUAUACGCUUAAACCUGAGGAACAAGAUCACAGUGACCAAGAAAAGAGGGUUCAGCAUCAUCCAAGAGAAAAUUCAGGUGAAAGUUCAGAUGAAUCGUAUGAUGAAAACAAUCAAAACGAAGACAACGACUCUCAUGAAAGACCGAAAAAUCACGAGCAUCAUGUAGGGCAUCAGGUACAUGUAGGAUCUCCCAAAAAUACCCAUCACCAUCCCGAACACAGACAAGUUCAGUAUUAUCAUACAACCAACCAACAAGAUCCAAAUUUAGGACAACAUCACAACACACCUCAAUCUUUUGCACAGGCACAUAAAGACGUCCCAAUUCAACAUGAGCAACAAUAUUUCCAGCCCAUAGUCCCUGAAUAUGAGGAGGAUAUAAGAAUACUUCCCGAACACAAGCCCCAUGAAGCAAUAAGAGUGGAUCCUAAUCAACACAUACGAGUAAAUAAUAAUUCACCGCCACGACCACAAAAUCACCCUGCUACUUAUGACUAUCAAGAAUCAUUGUAUGCAUCGGCACCGAUAGUAAAAGGUAAACCUAAACAAGACACAAGAAAUAAUGAUGACUCUUCAGAAAACGCAAAAGAGGAUAAUGAUGAAAUAAUUGCAAACAUGUUUAAGGAACAAGAAAAAAAUGAAGAAAACUUUGAAAAGAGUUACAAGGACGCUGCGUACGGGUUCGCUGCAUAUGACGCACCACGGAUGGAUAUCGAAAAAGAAAUAUAUAAUCCGGAAUCUUAUGGUGCUCCACGUUAUUAUUCUGAUUACAAUAUAGCUAAGAACCCUUUCCAGCAGUAUGAAUCUGAGGGAGAUGAAUUUCCGAAAUUUGCACGAUUAGAUUACAAAGAUACAAGAGACAAAAUGCAAGAGGAUUACUACCUAGAUUACGCGGUUAGUAGGCCAGAAAGCCUCCGUGAUAGAUUCCGUAGUAAGGAAGGAUACUACAAGAUGUUUAAAAAGCAAAAACCUGACUAUAUUGCCCAUGAAGAUGAAGAUGAUAACAAAGAAAAUGCAAAAUACACUUCUAGGCCACAAUACGAAUACAAUGAACCAGAACAAAAACAAAAACAACCUUAUAGAAAACACAAAACGAAUCCCGUAAACCAUGAAUAUGAUUAUUCCAGUGAUCAUCCUCGAGACGCAUCCGCACAUGCCACUCGUCCUCAUCUUAGGUAUAAAAGUAAAACACAAUUCGUAGAACCCCAAUUUCAAUACGGUUUUGAACCAAUAUCAUUACCCCAACUUUUAGAUAGUGAAUUAGCUGCUAUGGCUUCCAACGAGAACCCAAAAAGUGAAAAGCAGGGCACGAGAAAAAAGAUAUACAAAGAAAAUUUAUUUAUUAAGAAAACUAGCACGAAAGGUGCAAAGAACAGUAGUUGAUAAUAUAUUUUUUAAUUUAUUAGGCCAAACCAAUGUUAGAUUUAAGUGUUAUCUUAUUGUUAAAAUAAAAAAGAAUAAUGGAAA